AUGGAUGUGUUUAAAAGGAAGCCACUUCCAUGUUGUCUGUCAGUGGAGGAGCUGGAAAAGGCUGAACUUGAAAUCAUCAGGUUCUGCCAAAGGAAGAAGUUUCCAGAGGAGUUUUCCAGGCUGCUGAAUGGCAAAGGUGUGAAGGGGUGUAGCCACAUCUAUAAACUCUGCCCACUGGUCGAAGAUGGUCUUCUGAGAGUUGGUGGUCGACUGAGCAGGUCGUCUAUGCCCAUGGAGGCUAAACAUCCCAUAAUACUGGCUAAAGACUUCCAUAUCUCAGACAUUCUUCUGAGGCAUAUUCACCAAGAAGUGGGGCAUGGUGGUCGUAACCACAUGCUAGCCAGACUGCGGGAGAGGUAUUGGAUCACAGGGGCUAGUACAGUCAUACGAAGAGUUCUGUCUAAGUGUACCAUCUGUCGAAGACUGAAUGCUCAGCCUGUGUCCCAACAAAUGGCAGAUCUGCCUACUGAAAGAGUGACUCCAGAUGAGCCACCGUUUACUCGCGUUGGAGUAGACUAUUUUGGACCGUUUGAAGUGAAGAGCAGAAGGAGUGUUGUGAAAAGGUAUGGCGUUAUCUUUACUUGCCUGGCCAUACGUGCAAUUCACAUUGAAGUGGCACCUUCGCUGGACACUGACUCCUUCAUAAAUGCACUCAGACGCUUUAUUGCAAGACGAGGUCAAGUCCUGGAGCUGCGCUCAGAUAAUGGAACAAACUUCAUCGGAGCAGAGCGUGAGCGAUUGAGCAGUGGAAUCAGUCUCGGAUCAAUGAUGCACUACUUCAGAAAGGAAUUAAAUGGACCUUUAACCCUCCAGCUGGCUCGCAUCAUGGAGGACCUUGGGAGAGGUAUCCUGGAGUACAGUGACGACACGGCAAUGGCACGCUGUGUGGUCCAGUCUCUACUCACCCGUGCUGGCUUUGAUGAGCAGGAUAUGGCUCGCAGGUUUGCUAAGGAGUACAGUGCAUCCCCAGGCCGUGGCUAUGGUUCUGGAGUGAUCCAGGUGUUGAAGAAGCUGUCCUCCCCUCAGCUCAGUGACGUGUACCAGCCAGCCAGGGACCAGUCUAAUGGUCGAGGUUCCUUUGGGAACGGGGGGGCCAUGAGGGCGGCCCCCUUCGCGCUGGCUUUUCCUGAUCUGGCUGAUGUUAGAAGCUUUGCCCGUCUGGGAGCCAUGCUGACCCACUCCUGCUCUCUGGGUUAUAAUGGGGCUGUGCUGCAGGCGUUAGCUGUGCACCUCUCCCUGCAGGGGGCGCUAGACCUGCCUCAGCAGUUCAUCAGCAGGCUAAUCACAGAGAUGGAGGAAGUGGAGGACAAUGAGGUGGCACGCAAUGAUGCCAGAAUCCUAAAAGAAGCAGACAAGCCGUUCUGUGAGCGCCUCCACAGAGUGAGAGACCUGAUGGACAGGAGCAAGGUCAGCGUAGAGGAGGUCAUUUCUGAACUGGGUAACGGCAUUGCGGCACUCCAUUCAGUCCCCACUGCCAUCUUUUGCGUCCUCCACUGCCUGCAGCCCCGGGAAUGCCUUCCAGAGAACUAUGGCGGCCUGGAGAGGACAAUAGCGUACAGCCUGGCCCUGGGAGGGGACACAGACACCAUAGCCUGCAUGGCAGGGGCCAUCGCUGGGGCCCACUAUGGCAUCGAGGCCAUCCCUCAGUUGUGGAUAAAGUGCUGCGAGGGGGCGGAGGAUGCAGACAUAAACGCAAAGCGACUUCACAUGCUGUACCACCAGUCAUCACAAGGAGGCGGGACUGGGACAGGGGAGCAGAGCUGUGGAGACGCAUCUGAAAGCCAGUCAAACGCUUCUAACGGCACAGAGAAGAAAACUGGAGCUGAAUGACUUUUCAACUGGAGUUUCACAAAAGGACUCAUGAACACACACACACAAAUUACACACAUGUAAAAAGAAAUCCCUUUCUGUUUUCAGACUGUGCUGUUAACUGGGAACCUGUGAUUAAGCGCAGGCUAUUUC